CGCGUCGGGCCGCGUGUCCGAGCGAGUCUCCGAAGCAGGUCAGCGUUCCGUCGGCGAGACCGUAGAACCUGCAGCGGGAGCGAGCGGUUCUUUCCAGACUGAGAUUUGCCAGGCUAAAGCAUUCAUAGUGGAGGGUCAAAGCGGGUCGGUCUUCAGGGGACUGGGACCUCCUGUGACUCCGUUUGAGCGGUAGGCUCAUCGGAGACCUUCGGAUCUCGGGGCUGCCAUGAAAGAAUCCACGAGCUGAGCUUCCCUGUGGCACCCUACGACGGGGGAGGAUGGGUGAUGGGUCCGUGAGGCUCAGUGGACUUUCUCCUCCUCGCCCUGUCCUCUCAUGGAGCACCUCGUCACACCGAGUCCCUCUCGGAACGCUUCCCCCUCGGGACUCCCCCCGUUCCACCUCCAGCCGCAGGCGAACGCUUCCGACGUGAGCCGGGCCGGGCUAGACGUCGAGCAGUUGCCGGCCGUGUUCGCCAUGCUCGCGGUGGACGUCCUGGCGGUGGUGGGGAACCUGGCCGUGAUGGUCGUCAUCGGCAAAACGCCGCAUCUGCGCAAGUUCGCCUUUGUGUUCCAUCUGUGCGCGGUGGACCUGGUGGCGGCGCUGGUUCUGAUGCCUCUCGGGAUGGCGUCCCACCGGUUCUCGGCGGACGAGGCUCUGUGUCGAAGCUACCUCUGCUUGAGCGUCUGCCUGGUGAGCGCCGCCAUCCUCACCAUCUGCGCCAUCAACGUGGAGCGCUACUACUACAUCGUGCACCCCAUGCGCCACGAGGUGAAGAUGACGGUGGGGGUGGUGGUGACGGUGCUGGUGGGGGUCUGGAUCAAAGCCGUCUUCAUGUCCUCGCUGCCUUUCCUGUUGUGGCUGCUCCCAGGUAACCAGGCCGUGGUGGCCUCUGGUCCGCCGCUUCUUCCCGCUCAGGCGCACUGCUCCCUCCACUGGGCGGGCACCAGGACCACCGGCCUGCUCUUCGUGGUCUUCUUCACGUUCAUCUAUUUCCUGUGUCCCGUCCUGAUUAUGCUGGUGGUGUACUGCAACAUGUUCAAGGUGGCCCGCGUGGCGGCCACGCAUCACGGCCCGCUCCCCACCUGGAUGGAAACCCCGCGCCAACGCUCCGAGUCCACCAGCAGCCACUCCACCGUGGCCGCCAGCCUCGGAGGGACCGGCUCCCGCAACGCCUCCCAGAGGACCUUCGGCGGCGGGAAGGCCGCUGCGGUUCUGGCGUCUGUGGGAGGCCAGUUCCUCUGCUGCUGGCUGCCUUACUUCACCUUCCAUCUCUAUUCGGCGGCGGUUUCUACCUCGCCCGCCUCGCUGGCCCGGCUGGAGGAUGCGGUCACGUGGAUCGGCUAUUUCUGCUUCACCUCCAACCCCUUCUUCUACGGCUUCCUCAACCGCCAGAUCCGAGAGGAGCUGAGUCGCCACCUGGCCUGCCUUUUCAAGCGGUCCGGAUCCGGUCAGGGGGAACAGCUGGCCAGCCGUGAGGCCUCCAUCGAGGAGAACUUUUUGCAGUUCCUCCAGGGCACGGCGUGCAAUCUGGAGCCGUGCAAGUCUCACGGCAGAGUGCGUCAGGAGGAGACGGAGCACAAAGGCCCGCAGGAAUCAUCUGCUCCGCGGAACACGGCAGCUGACUUCCACAUCCCAGGGCAGAUUCUUGAAGAAACCUCAGAGUUCAUGCAACGGCAAAAACUGAACAAUAAACUCCAUGCCUUGGAAAUCCAAAACUGUACCGGAGAUGUAGCGGCCUCGCCCGUAUUGUCAAAAAACAUCCUGUGAAAAAUCGAUUUGAGUUGAGAUCCGUUUUAAAAAAUUGCGCCAUUUUUGUUUUUGUGCUCGAGGGAGUGAGCGCACUCCGUACUGUUGCCGUUUUCUAUAGGACAUUUCGUUACGCGACAUCUUUCUGAGAAAAGGGGUAAACGUUCCGUGAAAAACGAUUGCUUAAAUGCGACACAUCGCGUGCGUCCCGUCAUUCUCGCUCGCUCUCCUGCGGCGGACCACGUUGGACACAAACACGCACACAGCGGUUUUGCCGUUCCGUGAGUGUUCUCGGUAUGUAUUUGUAAUCGCCUUCCCUUGAUUUGUUGUUACCAAAUUUAUCUUUAAUGUCUCCCUUGUGACCAUCAUCUCCUCCACCCAAAUCGUGUCACAUUGGGAACUUGUGAUCGCGCUGCCUCCUUCCCCUCAGACAAACGUCCGGUUUAGUUCUAAAUCAGAAACAGGGGGUACGCGAGCGGUCUAUUUCGGACCCUCAGCGGGCACUCUAAUCGGGCUCGGGACUGGACUCUGAGAUAACCGUUUUGUUCUGGCGAAGUCUUUGACGUGACUUCUCAGUGACGAGUGUUGGGAGCGGUCCGGCUAGAGCGCAAAAUGAAGCAGGGGCCGGGAACCUUUUCCAAUGAGAGAGCCGUAAAUGCCAAAUAUUUUAAAACGGAAUUUCAAAAAAGCCAUGCAAUAUUUAAAAAAAAUAAUAAUAAAUACAAGUGUAUUUUUGUGCAUUUGUGUAGAACCAACACUUUUCGAGUACAAUAAAGUCUCUGAAUUCGUUUGAAUAACAUUUUUAUGAUGUCGCUAACCAAUGAUGACAAAAGCGCUUCUUACCGUCAAUGCGAUUUCGGGUGCUUCCUGGUUUUGCUAACGGCUUGAUGGUCUGUUUCAUUAAUUUGUCAGCUAAAUCUUCACGCAGGCGUUGAGAUUUCCGUCCGUUAAUCGUGAACGUAAUUCAAUUUGAUUUGCCAUCAUGACGGUAGGACUGUGAACAGUUUCUCGCCGACGAAGGCCUGUCUUGUAUUUGUUUGAUUGUCUUGUCUUGAUGCGAAGUUGGCAAAAUGUUGACUGGCAACAUCGAGCACGAAUGCCUCGUAUUUUUUUCUCUGAGCAACCUUUGUCAAAAGCGUUUCCAUAAUUAGUUGUUCCGACACGAUCGGCGUUAGGGUUAGGGUUAGGUAGGGGAAGCCGAGCUGAGGGUUGGGGUUAGGGUUAGGGUUCUGCACCUCUGGACAUCGCCGACCACGCAAAAACUACGGCAACCCCACUAGGCCAAACUGUCCCUACGUCAUUUGCGUUGCCUCCUACAGCGAACUACGGCAACCCCGCUUGGACAAACCUUUUCUGCACGACAGGAAUCACAUGUACAGUGCUUCGGUAUGAGGCCUCGGCGAGCCGUACGCAACCACCAAAAGAUCCAGGCUCGGUUCCCGACCCCCGGUCUAGCGGAUUGCGGCCACAUGUUGCUACGCUGGGACUUGACCCAGCAGUCUUUCUUCAUGCGUGUUUGUGUGAUAUCGUACGCCGCAUGUUGACAGGUACACAGCGGCAGAGCCGGCGCUCCCGUGUUUGCGAUUGACACAAGCGGCCGUGUUGUGGCUACACAAAUGCGCAGUUGUGACAAUGCGUCCGCGCUGGCGAGCUUUUGGGCCUUUGGCCUCGUUUAGCGCGACAAAUGGAAGUCUGGCGUCUCAGGUGGAGGCCGCGCAAACACUUUGAACAAGUCGUGACAGACGUCGCAAAGAAAACGACACGCCGUGCUCGCCGUUCAUAGCGGGCGGCUGUUUUCGCGGCCGUCCGAGCUGGUUCACCCCCGUCGGCUACGGCGAUUUUGGACGACCGGCUCGAUCACAAGACCGGCCACUUCCUUGAGAAAGGUUCACACUUUGCUGGAAGUCACAACGGGGGAAGAAAAAAAAUGCUCUCUUUGUCACGUAGAGAUACGAAGACAAAAAAAAACAAAACAGUGUCUUCUUUGUGGUCGUGGCACUCCUUUAAAAGUGUUCAAAGCGUCACUGUUGAGCGCAUCGGGACUCGAUCGAGCACAAGACGAAAAAAAAAAUAAUCAUUGCCAUCAUCAAUGUUCUAUUAUUAUGAUUAUUAUUUAUGACCGGCACUCAAGACUGAACUGCACUGGUGCGUUAUUACAACAUCUUGCCUUGACCUUUUAUUCUUUUUUGUUUUUUUUGGAUUGUCUCAAGUUUAUCCAUCGGCGGUUACGGGGAAGCCACGUCAUGUGACGCGACGCCAAAUUCCCGUUAAAUCGACGGGAUUACAUGUGGACAUUUCUUGUGAAAGGGUUGCCAAAGCGUUGUUUUUUUUUUUUUUUUUAACUCUUUGUAUCCCGCGUGUGUGUCAAAGGAAGACUUGCUUUUCAUUCUUUACCGGCGUCAACUUUGUUUCGGCCUUGUUGAGCUUUUGUAGGUGUCGGACACCACUUGAAACGAUUAAAAGGUAAAGAAAUG